AUGAGUUCGUCUGACUCAGAAAAUGUGCACGCGAGUUCCAGCGAGAGCGGGGAGGAGGAGGCGCCUGUUGCGAGGACAGGGGGCGGCGGAAAGCGGUCGAAGAAGACAAUUGAAGAGAACUGUGACGUUGGCUUGUGCGUCUGCAUUCCCCCUCAGCGGUACCAAAAAAAGUCUCAGCUAGAACACAUCCUGUUGAGGCCGGAUUCCUACAUUGGAAGCACAGAGAUAAGCGCACAGCAGGUGUGGGUGAUGCCCGAGGGGGAGAUGCGCAUGCAGCAGCGCGUCAUCUCCUUCCCCCCGGGGCUGUACAAGAUCGUCGACGAGAUUCUGGUGAACGCCGCAGAUGUGAAGGCGCGAGAGACCGAAGGCGGAGGGGCCCCCAGGGCCAAGAUGAACGCCAUCAAAGUCACUGUGGAUCAAGCACAGGGAUUCAUUAAGGUCUGGAAUGACGGAGAAGGGAUUCCCGUGGCAAUUCACAAGGAACACAAUGUAUACGUGGCUGAGCUCAUAUUCGGCCAGCUACUGACUAGCGACAACUACGAUGACAGCGAGGCUCGCGUCACAGGAGGCCGCAACGGAUUCGGUGCAAAACUCACGAACAUCUUUUCCUCGCAUUUCGAAGUUGAAUGCGCCGACAGCAAACGCAAACUGAAGAUAAAAGUUGUCUGGACUGACAAUAUGGGCAAGCAAGACCCUCCAGUCGUAACUCCUUUCAACGGGGCCGGCGACUUCGUCUCUGUGAAAUUCAAGCCGGACCUCCAGCGCUUCGGGAUGUCUGCUAUUGGUGAACAGUCCUGCCCAUGCGCCUACUAUGAUGCGCGCGCGCACAGGCUGGACGACGACUUGGUGUCCCUGGUGCGCAAGCGGUGCUUCGACUUGGCAGGGACUUCGGGGACAGCGGUGUACUGGAACGGAACGCGGCUGCCUGUGCGCAGCUUUGUGGACUACGUGGAUUUGUACUUAGGGGAGGGGGCUGGGAAAAAGCGGGGAAAAGGCAAGGAGAAGGGCAAAAGGAAGAGCAAAAAGAAAGGAUCUGACGGAGAGACCAGCGAUGAUUCCGAUGUGUACGAAGGCGAGAGAGAAAACGGCUCGGAACCAAAGGAAGAUGAUGACAAGGAAAAUGAAAGCCCCCCAGAAAAGCAAAUCAUAAAGAUCCACGAAAAGAUGCAUCGAUGGGAAGUUGUUAUCAGCCAAACAGACGGCAGUUCGUUUUCCCAGGUGUCCUUCGUUAAUAGCAUUUGUACGACGAAGGGUGGCCACCACGUGACUCACGUCAUCGAGCCUCUUCUCGCGGCUCUGGUGAAGAAGGCAAACGCCAAAAACAAAGGAGGCAUGGAGAUUAAGCCACCACACGUCAAGCAACACCUUUGGGUGUUUGUUAAGUGUCUCAUUGAGAACCCCGCGUUCGAUUCCCAGACAAAGGAAACAUUGACCACCACUGUAUCUCGCUUCGGCAGCAAAUGCACACUAUCCGAGAGGACGAUAAACGCCGUCGCCAAGUCUCCCAUCUUGGAAGGGGUGCUCUUAUGGGCGCAAACGAAGGCGCAGGUCGAACUGAGACGGCAAAUGCAAGUGGGAAAGACAAAAGGCAGAGAGCGGUUGACAGGCAUAUCGAAACUGGAGGACGCAAACGAAGCGGGCGGCCGAUAUGCCCAGGAAUGUACGCUGAUCUUGACUGAGGGUGACAGUGCUAAAACGUCUUGUCUCGCGGGGCUGUCCGUUGUGGGGCGAGAAAAGUACGGCGUGUUUCCUCUGAGGGGGAAGCUGCUGAACGUGCGAGAAGCAUCUUUCAAGCAGUUAAAAGAAAACCGCGAAAUCCAAAAUAUCCUGAGGAUCCUCGGUCUUCAGAUUAACGACAAAGUGCAAGACACACGGGGUCUGCGCUACGGCUCGCUGAUGAUAAUGACGGAUCAAGACUAUGACGGUUCGCAUAUAAAGGGGCUGCUCAUUAACAUGCUGCACCAUUACUGGCCUCAGUUGCUGCAGUGCAACCAUUUCCUCACGGAGUUUGUCACUCCGAUCGUCAAGGUUUCGAAAGGCUCCGUUGAAAAGGCAUUCUUCACUCUUGUCGAAUAUGACAUGUGGAGGAAGCAAGCGGGAAACCUUGCGGGAUGGAAGAUAAAGUACUACAAAAGUGUGAAUUGUGAACCUACCAUGUUAUGA